GAGAGGAGGGUGCAGCUUGGCCUCUGGGACUUUAGCUGAGCACUGAGUGACUGAGCUGUCUCCGUUUCAGACAUCCACACGGAAGCUGUCCAGGCGGCUCUGGCCAAACCCAAAGAGCAGAAGAUGGCUGGUGCCUAUGCCUUCCAAACGCAGGUCCCUGGUCAUGCAGACCUCCAUGGACGCCUACACCCCUCCAGAUACCUCUUCUGGCUCAGAAGACGAAGGCUCAGUGCAGGGGGACUCCCAAGGCACCCCGACCUCCAGCCCGGGUUGCAUCAACAUGGAGCACUGGAUCAGUCAGGCCAUCCAUGGCUCCACCACGUCCACCACCUCCUCCACCUCCUCGUCCUCCACGCAGAGCAGGGGCAGCGGGACUGCCCACAAGCUGGCGGAGGUCAUGGCCCAGACCCACAUAGGUGAGCACGCUUCACAGUGUCUUUCUGUGCCUGUUGUCUAAAUGCCUUUGUGGGUGCAGGUUUUCCUCUGUUUGCAUCAUGGCUGUGGAAUCCCUUGGUGGAAAGAGCGCAGAGCCCCUCUGGCCCCUGGGGUGCUUUGGUUGGAUUGUUUCUGGAAGCUCCUUUACUGCUUCUCAUGCCCAGGUCCCUCCCACAGCUGGAAUUCCAGGGGCCUUGCUACUGGGGAAUCCUGUAGCCAUAUCUGCUCCCAUCUUUUCUUCUCACUUAUGCUCCUUUGUGAAACCUUAACAGUCACAGUCAACAGGACAGGGUUUUAAAGUGUGCUCCUCCUGACCACGGGAGUCAUUUAUGGAAAUGAGGGCUUUAACCACGGCUGCUUUACGCUGCUGUCUGCCACAGGUGUUCAGAUUUCUUGGGCGUGGCGCACUGUUUUGUGUAGGUUCUAUGACAAGGGAGAUCCUCUGUGUUAGAAAAAGAACGAAGUUAGGAUCACUGCCCUACAACGUUUGAAGAUGCCAUGGAAAAGGAGUGAAGUGAGAAUUACUAGAGGUAGAGCCAGCGCGUGGGGGAGCGGUGAUGAGCCUUCUGUCGUUCUGCCUUUGAAUGGUUCAGGACUAUAUGUUUUCCAUCAAGUAUGGGGCUUGGGUUGAAUAGGAUUUGGUGUGUGUCUCUAUUAAAGCAGUAAUCCGAGACGACUGUGUACCAUGUUGCCGAUAACGGAGCACAAGCCACAGGCUCAGACCCUCCCGGCAUCAGCUACCACAGGAAAGCCUGAUCUCUGCAAAACCCUCAGUGGGAAGCAGGUGGACGUCACGUGUGAUCAGAUAGCCCACAGACACCCCAGAACCCCAGAAUGUUCACUUCUAGAUCACUGAC